AAAAUCGAUUUUUGUUAUGAAUUGGUGAUGCACAUUGAGCAGAGACGAGCGUAGAAGACGAAGAGUGUCGAGAGAUUUGUAUUUGAAAGCAAUUGAUCUGUUAUACCUAUCUGCAUCACUCCCGAUCGGAGAUUGAGAUUUCUCAGAUUUGAUUGUUUUGUGUUGAUCGCAACCAAAAAUAAAAAUCUGAAUAUGAAUUCGUCGACAUCAUCUGAAUUGUCAUUCAGCGGAGAACAACCGAGUCUCCGUCGAAGCCACUCAACGCCGUCGCUUUGCUGCGGAGGAUCCACUGCGGCGGAGUGUUGCGGUGGUACAACGGCUGAGUGCGCCGCCUUAUGUUGCUGCGGCCCUUGCAGCGUCGUGAAGCUCGUCGUACUCGCCGUCUACAAGCUUCCUCGCGGAAUAUGCCGCCGUGCAACCCGCCGUCUGCGACGGAGACGACUGGCGAAGAAAGGGGCUUUAGAGAGUGGAGAUUUCGAGAAGAAGCUGAGUAAAUCUGGGAGUUCGCAAUUCGCUGUUCAUCCAUUACAGAGCUACGGAGACGAGGAGGAAGAAGAAGAGGAAGAAGAAGAAGAAGACGAGGCGGUGAUUGCGUUAGAGAAUGAGAUGUGGAGCAGAUUUUGCAGUGGAGGUUUCUGGCGAAGCCAUUCACAAGCUGAAACGGCGUCGUCUUCGAAAAUGGAUUAA